UAACUAAUUAUAGAGGCUGAAUAUACAAUAUAGAUAAUAAAUUUAGCAAUAUUUGAAACUGGAAAAAAAUACAAGAAAAUACAUCUUUAGCGAUAGUUUUUGACCUAGCUAUUUGGCAAUUGCAGUUAGAAUAAUUGAUUUUUAACGAUAGUCGAUUAAAAAUGUCGCUAGAGACCAAGUGUGCUAGGCUUCUUCCCUUGCACCUCUUCCCUCUCUCUCUCUCUCUUAGUUGUCCCUCUCUCACUCUCUUUCUCUUGCUCAAUCGUUCUCUCCUUCUUUUGCUCCCCCUCUUUCUCAGUCGUCCCCUCUCCCUCUCCCUCUCUCUCUCUCUCUCUCUAUAUAUAUAUAUCUAUCUAUCGCCCUCUCUCUCUACCACACACGGUCGCACAUCAGCAAAACCUUCUCUUUCUCUUGUGUAGUCUCUCUCUCAAGCACAUCCACAACAUUCGAUUCACAAGAAAACAAAGUCAACUUAUGCAAAAGCAUAUUGUAAUUAUUUCGAAGAAGAUAUCAGGGUUGGAAGAGGCUAUGCGAAUAAGGAGAGAACGUGAACUUCGAACAACAAAACCUUUUAGGAGAAUACCACCUUUAAGGCGGGGAAAGGUCUCAGCACCUCUUUCAGUUCCAGAUCACAUUCCAAAGCCACCAUAUGUAACUACAACUUUGUUACCUGAACUGUCCAGUGAAGCUCAGAUUCAUGACUCUGGGGGCAUUGCCCACAUGAGGACUGCAUGUGAGCUUGCUGCUCGUGUCCUAGACUAUGCAGGCACAUUGGUCAGGCCAUCCGUAACAACAAACGAAAUUGACAAAGCAGUGCACAAGAUGAUCAUUGAUGCUGGUGCUUAUCCUUCACCUCUUGGCUAUGGAGGAUUUCCAAAAAGUGUAUGCACAUCAGUUAAUGAGUGCAUGUGCCAUGGAAUACCUGAUUCACGCCAGCUACAGGAUGGUGAUAUAAUAAACAUCGAUGUUACUGUCUUCUUGAAUGGUUAUCAUGGUGAUACUUCAAAGACAUUUCUUUGUGGGAAUGUUAAUGAUGCUACAAAACGCCUUGUGAAGGUCACUGAAGAAUGCUUGGAGAGGGCUAUAUCUGUAUGCAAAGAUGGUGCUAGCUUUAAGAAAAUUGGAAAGAGGAUCAGCUUUCAAGUCUUUUCCGUCGCAGACAUUCUAAGAACAUGGCCCGAAGUAGCACAAUCUUUGAGAGUAAGAGAUAAAGCAAGGCUGGAGUGGAAACCACCAGAAGGCAAUAAAGUAAAACUGAAUUUUGAUGGCUCCUAUGGAAAUCCAGGCAUCUCAAGAAUUGGAAGAGUAUUAAGAAACUCUGACAGGAGGAUAUUGGGUAUGUUCUCAGGACGGAUUGGCAACGAAAACUCGCUGAAGGCUGAACUAUUGGCACUACUACAAGGGUUAAAGCUAGCCAAACAACUAGGAUGCAGACAUGUUGAAGUGGAAGGGGACUCAAAAGUAGUAAUUUCAUGGGCAACAAAUAGCAGCCAUACCCCAUGGACGUUUAAACGUAUGAUUAGGGAGGUGGAGAAGAUUGCAAAGAAGGUUGAGGCUGAAUUUAAAUGGGUCCGAAGAAGUGCAAAUGGACUAGCUGAUGGAUUAGCAAAACAGGGGGCAUUGAGACAGCAACUAUUUUGGGCUGCACUGUAAUGAGGGGUAGAAUAGAGUGAUUAAAGGGGAUCAACAAUCCCAUCACCAAGUUGUAUAAACUCGUUACAAUCUGAAUUUCAAUAAAAUAUAUAUUUAAUGAUCAAAAAAAUAUAUAAUGCCAUCUAUUGCCAACUCUUCCUGUUGUUUUGCAUAUUUAGUUUGGGUUGGAAUAUUUUUUGAGAAUCCUGAUU